CCGAACACAUCAGUUCAAAUGUUAUCGCAUUCAGUGUAAGUUUACUGUGUCAGUUUUGUAUCAUAAGGACAUAAUUUUAAUUAAUAUUAGCUACGACCUAGAAAUAAAAACAAGUAUUAAAAAAAUUGAUAAUGACAAGGGAGAUAAGGUCGCAAAUUGUUGGUAUUCUUCUCUUCGUUGUGAUUCUGAUGGACGUCAAUUGUUAUAAUCCAAAAACAAGUUGGUGGUUCAAUGCACACAUAAGUCAAAUCAAAGAAAAAUGUGAUAACAAGGGAAAAGAAUUUUUUUCAAAUUUAGUGGAGAGUGUGCAAAAUUUUAAAGAAAUUUGUCAAGGAAAAUAUGCGAAAAUUGAAAAAGAAUUUUGGAAAUCAUAUUCAAAUAUAACAUUAAAAUAUAUGUUACACGAACACUGUUAUAAUGAUUUAGAUAUAAGAAAUGCUGUUCUAAAUAUGACCAACAAUGUUCAACAUUGUCUCACAAAAAGUGAACGACUAAAAAAAAAUAAUAAGAAAAUGCUUAUGAAACGAAUAUUCGAUGCUGUUUGCUCUCUCAUGGAAUUGUAUGUAUUUUUUAAUGCCAGAACUGAAUGCGAGGACAUUAUGAGAAAAAAAUCUAGUUUCAAUAAUUGUUAUGAAAAAUAUCCAAAUGUCUGGCCAACACAUAGUUUUUGGCCACUUCCAUUUAUUCAACCAAAUCGAGUUUGCAAUGAGAAAAAUGGAUUACAAGAAUGUCAAUGGGACGUAGUGAGAGAUUGUAUCACUUUUACGUGGUACACGCACGCAACAUUUAAAUUACUUUUAAGCAAAGCAUGGUCUUCUAUAUUUUGUACAAAUAUGAUGCAUUAAAAAUCUCAAAUGUUAAUAUUAAAUUCUAUUAUAUUUUUUUAUAAUACAUAAAAUUAGCAAUUAAAAUAAAAAAUAUUUUUAUAUUUA